UAAAAUAAAUUAUAUUUCAAUAAGAAAAUUAAAAGAGUAGCAACUCAACAGUGACAUUUCAAGUGUUUGCAAAUAAAGGAAGAAAUCAGAUUAAAAAGGGAAGUAAAUCAACGUCUACGGUUCAUUAUUGUAUGUGAGGGACUACAGACAGCAUGUAAUUAAUCCCGAACAAAAGUUCGACAGCACACGACCUAGAUAGAACAAAUAAUCUGAUUGGCUAAUUUCGAUCACAGCACGUGUCUCUAUAUUUACAUUAGAUAUGAAAGAAAAUACAAAAAUCAAGGGUCCUGUAAUUAAUAUUCAAAAGGAUAAAAGCUUAUGGAAAUGGAAAUCAGGAUAUGAAUGAGAGGUUAUGCAAUGUAAUCACAUAGGCUACGGAGGCUUAAGUUUUCACGAUUAAAAUUUCAAAUUAUCAACAAAUCUACAAAGCAAUGAAAUAUUUGCAGAUGGAAUUCUGUGUAAUGUUGUGUUUGGAUCAUAUGCGAUAGAAGUGAAUUUUUUUUUUUAAACAUUUCUAUCAUCAUAAAUGAAUUUUAACGUUCAAAAUCUAUAUGUCAUGGAUUAUUUACAAUUCGAUGAAAUCCUUACUUCACCCGAUUCAACAGAUUUUUCGUUUGUGGACGAUAUUCCUGCAAUAUCUGACGAAAGCCAAGACUCUCCAGCGGAAGGUAUACUGAAAUCAAAUCCGAAAAGUAGAAAGAAAAAAGACAACCACUUCCAUCAAAUCCAGCAGAGAGAGGCUGCGAAUCUACGAGAAAGGAAACGAAUGCAGUCUAUAAACGACGCUUUUGAAGGACUUCGCGCACACAUCCCCACACUGCCAUACGAAAAAAGAUUAUCCAAAGUAGAUACGUUACGCUUGGCUAUAGGUUACAUAGGGUUUCUGUCCGAGCUGGUGAAAUCCAACGUUGGGAAUGCGAAUCCUCAACAGUCAGCGUACAAAGAGAAACCCCGGAAAGUUGUUAUCAAUUACCACUACAGCAUGCGAGCAGACGACAUAGCACGUGGAUGGCUCCCUUUGGCGGGUCAUUCGUUGUCAUGGAGAGACGAGAAAAAUCCUAGCCUCGGGCCUAAUCGGACAAUGUUUGCCAAGACCUGGAUACCAGAGGAUCCCACGAAACAUAAAGCUAAGCAGGAAUCGUGUGAUGACGUGAUGCAAGCAGACUCCACAAUCAGCUUGUGAUAAUUAAUACAGAAAUUAUUGCAGACUUACUUUUUCCUGAAUUGGUGAAGACAUAGAGUGUUUUACUUGAUACAAAAACUCCAUGUCAGUUUUAUAUUCAUGGUUCCGUUUUGUCAUCUCUGCGAAUUUUGGAAGUUAUUAGUUUUUUCAUUGAGUCCUUUCAGCGAAUAAUUAUGGUAUUUUAUAAGCGUAAGUUAUCUUUAAAACCCAUUUAAAUAUGGACUACAGUUGUUGAAUUUUGAAACACAAUAAAAGCAGUGAGUAGUACAUGUGUAUAUGAUCUAUGUUUACUGAAUAUUAUUGUAAAAUAACUGUUACAAUUGAUAGUUAAAAUUAACAAGACUGGUGUCUCCUGUGAGAUCUAAAUGGGUAAAAAUAUAACAGAGUUCGUGAGGUCCUCUUGCCGAGGCGCCGUGGUGUUCUGGGAUACAGUGUGGUUGCCGGGAUGCGAUAGUCUGUGGUAUUGGCUGUCACUGCAAUUGCCGAACAAAUUUUCUAGAUGUUUAAAUUAUCAUGAUUUUCACUAAUAGGCAUGGGAUGAAAUUCAUUGAGAUAAAUUUUGUUUGGUUAGUUGUGUUUAAUAUUGAUUCCUUAAAAAAUAAAACUAUUUUUGAUUA